GGAGGAGGAGGGGUUGGGACAGAGGGAUUUUCCUCCCACCGUGACUCUAUAAAGAGCCUGGCAGUGAGUGAGAGAGGCAGAGGGCAGAGAGGGGCUGAAAGUGAGAGUGAGAGUGAGAGCUGGAGAGAGAGAGAGAGAGAGAGAGAGAGAGAGAGAGCGAGACGGGAAGGGAAACUCACUUACUCUUGUGUCUCUGAGCGCCGGGGUGUAGAGCUUUGACCUGUGUGUGAAAUCGCUGCAUUUCCCCUUUGGAUUAAAACAGCUCAGAGGAUUUAUUUAAUACAACAAGUCGAGUGACGAUGAGGCUGAUGCUGGCAGUCAGUGCAGUGCUCCUCCUGCUGGUGGAGGGAAGUAUGGCUUUAAGAACUCUGUCCCGCAGUCGGAGGGAGUUGGCCAGCCCACUGCACGUGGGGGGCAUCCGGGACCCAUACGGCUCCUACUGUCAGCGGAGAGGAGGCUGCUGCGAGGGCAGGAACGACCAGUGCACCAUGCCGUACCUGGACACCAUUUGCUACUGUGACCUCUUUUGCAACCGCACCAUUUCCGACUGCUGCCCAGAUUUCUGGGGACACUGUCUGGGAGUUCCCCCACCAUAUCAAAGUAUUUGCAAAAGAAACGGCCACAAGUUCCAUUCAGGGGCCACCUACAAAGAAAACUGCAAUUUAUGUACGUGUGGGCCGAAUGGGCAGUGGAACUGUGAGCAGCAUGCUUGUUUGAUACAACCUGACACGAUCCAGGCAGUGAACAGAGGAAACUAUGGCUGGAGGGCAGCCAACUACAGUCAGUUCUGGGGGAUGACUCUGGAUGAGGGGUUGCGCUACCGUCUGGGCACUCAGAGGCCUUCCCGAGCCAUCAUGAGCAUGAACGAGAUUCAGAUGAAUAUGGACAAUAAUGAGCAUAUACCCAGUGACUUCAAUGCAGCUGAGAAAUGGCCAGGAAAAAUCCAUGAGCCGCUGGACCAGGGUAACUGUGCAGCCUCCUGGGCCUUCUCCACAGCAGCUGUAGCAUCAGACCGAAUUUCCAUUCAGUCUAUGGGCCACAUGACUCCUCAACUAUCGCCCCAGAAUCUGAUUUCCUGUGACACACGGAACCAAGCGGGUUGUGCUGGGGGCCGCAUUGAUGGGGCCUGGUGGUACAUGAGAAGAAGAGGGGUGGUGACACAGGAGUGCUAUCCAUUCUCUCCGCCCCAGCAGACCCCUGCCGAGGUCAGCCCCUGUAUGAUGCAGAGCCGCUCAGUGGGCCGAGGGAAGAGACAGGCCACAGUGCGCUGUCCCAACAGCUACAGCUACCGCAACGACAUCUACCAGUCCACCCCACCCUACAGACUGUCGUCAAAUGAGAAGGAGAUAAUGAAGGAGAUCAUGGAAAAUGGGCCUGUGCAAGCCAUCCUGGAUGUCCAUGAGGAUUUCUUUACGUACAAGAGUGGAAUCUAUCGCCACACAAACGUCAGCUCCCACAAACCACCACAUUACCGCAAGCGUGGGACACACUCUGUGAGGAUCACAGGGUGGGGAGAAGAAAGAGAUUUUAACGGGAGGAUACGGAAGUACUGGACUGCUGCCAACUCAUGGGGCAAGACCUGGGGUGAGGGUGGCUACUUCCGCAUUGCGCGAGGAGAAAACGAAUGUGAGAUCGAGAACUUCAUAAUUGGCGUGUGGGGCAGGGUAACCAUGGAGGACAUGCACAGCCACCAUCACCACCACCAUCACGGAAGACGCAAAUAGUGACGCGCAAUAGAGUCUGCCUCUGAUCCUCGCCCCCUCCUCCCCGUGAGAGCCGUGUACACCUCAUUGCCAACAAACACCAAAUGCUCAGUCAAGACUAUGGCAGGAGAGUGGGAUGUGGUUUCCAUCAAAGCCAUCAAAUACAAUAUCCAGUGAUAUUCCUGCAAUAUCUAUUCAAAUAUAUUAGCAUUGCCAGUGCUGUUAAGUACUCAACGCCAUUUAAAAUAGGAAAACACUGGAGUCUGCAGACUCAUGCUAUGGCUACGACUAUACUGGAUAAAAAGAAUCCCCGAUUAUGGAAUAAGCUUUGCAUCAGUUUUUCCCCUAUGCUAAUGAGAAAACCAUGCAAACGGCAAGUCAUUUCAGAUUUUUUACACCAAUAGUUAGGCAAUGGUUUGUGUUGGUGGAAACCUGUCUCCAAGAGUUCCCUGCAGGCCCUCUGCUGGCCACAGGACUCAAUUACAAACCACUCAGGACUCUGUAUUACAAAGAUCACUUCUCACAGGUUCUCUUCACUGCAGUGACCACAGUUCACCUCAUUUAGUCUGAAAUGUCCAUUUUUGAUUUCAAGGAUGGUUCUACUUUUCAUGGUGUGUUUUUUAUUUUAUUUUUAUUCUAUUAUAGGUUAUAAUGCCUUUUUAGGUCUCCUGUUCGGCAGUUCAGAACAAAGAAAUCAGGGGGUUACAAUGUAAUGGUGGCUGUCUUACUCCAAUGCAUUCAUCAGUAAUAUUCUCAUAUGUAAACAAAAUACAUUCCAGCAUUGAGGCAAAAAUAUACACUGGAAAGGCAACAGACAAGGGGGUGGAUUAAGAGGUUGAGUUUACAACCAAUUAUUUAUUCUGAAAUUCCCUAGAACUGUUUUUGCAAUAAAUAUAUCUAUGAUUGUGUACUUCUUCCUGAAAGAUUGGCUGCAUUAGUUUAUUUAGCCCAAGAGCAAACAAAACUCUUUUCACCCAUGUAACAGAGAUGAUUUCUGCUUGAGAUGUUUGUUUAAACCAAACAAAUUUAGCAUUUUUAUGCCAGUAAGGCAGGAACAGUGAAAUAUGUCCCUGACAUAAUUUACUGCUUUUUGUUAAGCAGAUGAAACUGUUCUCAAUUAGAUAUGAUGGUCAAAUUUCACAAUUAAUUCCUGCCCAAGACUUAUUUUUGUACUGUAAAUUCAGUGGUUUUUAAAGAACUUAAUAUCAAACAUUCAGAGGCACAUUGUAAGAUCAGUAAUGCCUUCUAUAUAAGUAUUUGGACAAGUACUGUUUGACUAAAGGCCCUAACCUUCCCACUGUUGAACACAGCAGUGAAUAAAAGUUAGUGAAAGUUAUCUAGAGUGGGAGUUUCUUGGAUGUGACCAAUCAAGUCUCACCAAUUCUGAAGUACAGAACUCUCUUUUAUUAGUCUUAAACUACUUUCUUUAUGUAAACUAACAAGACCUUGCAUAGUCAAUGUCACCAUACUUUAUUUGUUAUUACUUUUAACAUUUUUAAAUAUUUUAAGAAAAAAAAAAUAUUGUGAAACAUUUUUCAUAUAUUAAUGGUGCAAAUGCUAUUAUGGGUGAAAAGAGAACAAGACCACUGAGUAUUGGAUUUUAGGAUUGUAGAAGAUUAUCUUUUCGUAAAAUAUGUUUUUAAUAAGAUUUUUAGUGAUUUUUUUCCUCUUAAGAUUACAAGCAGGACUUUGCCGCUUUUAGCAAUCAUCAAACAAUUCCAUCAAAUUAUGCAGAUAUUGCACAAGACACUUUUUCCCCAACAGGCUCUGAGUCAAUCAUAUUUACCCACCACAGGACAAGAUCAGACUUUUGUUCUUUCAUUUUUAUCCAUAUAUGGGAUGAAACAUGUGGUCAGUCGUUACAUUAAGCUUGCGUGUCAGCCUUUCACUGUAUAUCAUGCUCAGUAAUUUUAUCAAAGCCCAGGCGCAGACCAUGGCUCUUUAUAGCAGCAGCAUGGUUGGAUUAGCACAAAGACUAACUGAGGCGUUACAGUAUAGAGCUGCUCAGAACAAACACAGCUGCUAACUUUCUGCAUGACACCAUUAAUGCUGAGUCACUCCCAAUAACUGAGUGCAAAUGGUCAUAUGACCGCAUUUGGCUUUAACUGACUCACAUAUCCUAUGGAAACGUAUGCUUUAUCUUGUUACAUGCAUGGCUUUUUAAAAUUCCUGUGAAAAGCCUUCCUGUUUAAUAUUUUCACACUGCUGUUCAAUCUGUACGUUUAAAAGGGGAAUUCCACCAAAUUUUGAAAAUGACUGCUUACUUAAAUGGUUAAGAUGUAAACAAAGCCAUUCAGAGUGAUUUGAUGUGAAAUGCUCCGUUCCAGAGAGAUUUACUGAGCCAGAAUUGUUUAUAGUGGUGGUGAUGGGAACCAGACGUGUUUAAUGCCUCUAAAAGCUCCCUCACAAAAAGGCAGUUAAAUGAAACGUUGCCACUGCCUGAUGCCCGAGACAUUGUUUUAUGGUAGUUUUAGAAAAGGUAGUUUAUGGUAGUUUUAGAAAAGAUUUUGGCCUAAAACAUAUUUUUAAAAACACAUUUGUAGUCGGAGAGAUACAUGCAGGAUGUUCUAAGGCAAAACAGUCCCAAAAGGAAACUUAUUUUGUUACCACUAUUUUAUUAUCAUUGACAUUACAUAUAAAAACUCAGAAGGCAUCUGAUCAUUUUUCGGUAGUACAUGAAAAAGCUAUAUAUGUGUUUUGGACAUAGUGCCCUCUGGUUCCUAUCAUAACCACUGUAAAGAAAUUGAGUUCAUGCAUUUCUCUACAAUUAACCAUUUCACAUCACAGCACUCUGAAUGACUAUUUAAAUCCCAAACACUGAUUUUUUAAAAAUUGGUGGAAUUCUCCUUUAGGCAUAUGUGUAGUUGCCACCCAGACAGCCCUCUGCUACUGCUAUUUAUUUCUGAGGUGCCACUGCCAUUAUAAGCUACUACUAAUGGACAUAAACUUGACAUCAACGCCGAGCUGUUCUCAAAGUUGUGAUGGGCUUACCUAUCUGUUCACUUAGCUAGAACUCAUUUUCCAUCAACGCACCAGAGAUAAACCACUCACAAAGCCUGCUCCAACAGAGCGAGUGCUAAGAGACUGAACCCAAGUCAUGCAGAGGCCCCUAUAGGAAUAAUUGGUCCCUUUCCAGUUUGAAGAAAUCUUUCCCAUUACAUUUUUUAAAUCAAAGAAAAAUACCUUUGUCAGAAAUGACUUCAUUUAAGAGUCAGGUUUGUAAAUGUUGUUCUUCUGGUCUUUUGUGCUAUGUGUAUUAUCUUGCUGUCCCUUGUAUUAUGCGUAUGCAAUGCAAACCACUGUAGUGUUCACUUGUGUGCUGCAAUAAAAUCUAAAUCCAAACAUGGCUCACUCAGA